CUUGCCUCGGUGCCGAUCUUGAGGAUUUCCUCGGUUUCUGAGGGCGCAUCCCUGACGCUGUCAGCGCCUCGGGCUUGCCGACCUUAGGGAUAGGGAUAGGGAUGAGUUCGAGGCUGGUCCCUAAGGGAUUGACGGCUUUUCGCCAAUCGGCUUGUGAGGAGCAGGCUGGCUGGGUACAUCGAGGUAUACGCAAACACAUCUGGGUGCAUCUUGGCAAAUCCAGGUAAAUCUGGGUGAAUCCGGGUAGUCUCCAAGGACAUUCGGAGCACAUCCUGGCCGCUCCUUCGCGAGUCGAGGGACGGCAGCAGCCCUUAAGCUCGCAACGGCAAGGGCGGUCGGCGACCACUUGCGAACUCUACCCCUACGGGUCCAAUCGACGCUAGGGUAUCGGGCACCCCCGCUGGGGUUCGCUCGGCUGCAGAGAUUCUCCGAAUUCUGAUCCCCCCCUGGUUUUUCAGAGCUCUGAUCUGCAGGGGUAGGGUUCUUCACAUGUGGCUGCCCAUAAGGGCGACGCGUCGCUGCGGCCGAAUAGUCAUCCAGACCAGGACGAGCCGCGCAUCCGUGUGUGUGUGAGGGUCCGGUGCUGGAUAGCGGAGGAGAAGACCGGCGACCGGGGCGGGCCCGACGUCCUGAGGUGCUGCGUGGAGAUGCCGCGGACGACCUCGAUGCACAUCAAGAGGGGGGACGAGCCGGCUCGGGGCUUCGAGUACGAUCGCUGUUUCUGGUCUUUCAGCGAGGACCAUCCGCUGUACGCGACCCAGCAGACUUUGCACGACGAGGUCGGGUGCCAGAUGAUCGAGAAUGCCGUGGCCGGUUUCAACAAUUGUAUUUUCGCCUACGGCCAGACUGGGAGCGGCAAGAGUUACAGCGUACUCGGCGGCCAGGGCGAGCAGCGGGGCCUGCUGCCCCGUGUGGUGGAGGGGCUGUUCGAGAGAUUCACCCAGCUGGAGGAGGGCGUCACGGUAAAGGCGGUAGUGAGUUUCGUCGAGAUCUACAACGAGAAGCUGAGGGACCUCCUCGCGUCUGACGAGACCGUGGACUCGAAGGUCAAACUCGCUGUGCGGGAGCACCCGAUUCUUGGUAUCAUCGUGCCGGGCCUCACUCAGUCUGUAGUCGAGAAUUGCACAGAGGUUCUGGAUCUCGUGGAUUAUGGAACCUCCAACCGCCGCACUUCCGCGACGGCGAUGAACGCGACCAGCAGCCGGAGCCAUUGUAUCUUCUCCUUCAAGACGAACCUCAUUUCUGGUGAUCAGGUGAAGCUGUCCCAGACCCAUCUGGUGGACCUGGCCGGGUCUGAACGGCAGAAGCGCACGCAGGCAGCAGGGGACCGCUUGAAGGAGGGCGCGGCCAUUAACCAAAGCCUCUCCACCCUCGCACGCGUGAUCUCCGCGCUGGCGGAUUCAUCUAAGAAAAAGGCGGCCAAUCCUCCGUUUCGUACAUCUAAGCUGACACACAUCCUGAAGGAAUCACUCUGCGGAAAUUCGAAGACUGUGAUGAUGGCGGCAAUAUCUCCAUCACUCGCUGACUAUGAAGAGACGCUUUCCACGCUGAACUUCGCAAAGAGUGUGAAGCAGGUGCAAACAGCAGCGACAGCCAAUGUUCUGAGCACAGCGACGCUGGAGCAAGCGUUGCGUGAGGAGGUGGAAGCCCUGAAGGCGAAAGUGCAGAUGGCUCAGGAGCAGCGGCAUGACCCAGACCAAGAUGCCAGGUUGAAGGACAUGCAGGAGAAAAUCGACAAGCAAGCCCGCUACAUGGCAAGAAUGGGGUUGACCUCUGACAAGGACUACGAGGCCGCUCGCAGCGAGGAUACUGCGAUGGCCGAGCGGAGGAGGACGAUGGUCAUGAGUGGGGGGCUUCCGGGUAAGGCCCUUCACGACGACUCGGACGAUGGCAGUUGGGAGGAAUGGGACGGCCAGGACUCGGAGAGCGACCCGGACUCCCCCGACCAGACAAGAUCGAGCUCCCGCAGAUCAGCGCGAAAGUCGUCCAAGACGUCCGCGCGCUCCGACGCCGACGCCGAGAGCCACCCCGCGACGGUGCUUGCGCGCCGUGCGCAGGGCUCGGGGGGCGAAGCUGGGUGCGUCCUGCAGCUGCUGGGGCGGGACAGCCACGACUCCGGCGCGCAGCUCGACGCCGAGGCCGUGACGCAGAAGCUGCAGCAGCUGCAGGAGUUGGCCGACCAGGUCAUCGGCGUGGUUCCUGAGCAAGUUGACCUUCGGCCGCUGGUCGUGGUCGACGCGCGCGAGCCGGCCCGCGUGGACGUCGUGGUGCGCGUCUUGGCGCCGGCGGCCGGGCAAGCGCCGAGGCUUGGGGAGGAGGAGGAGUGCGCUCGCCGGAAGACCACCGUCGUGGGCAGCAGGGAGAGGUGGCUCUCGUCGGAGGAGUUCCAGCGGGAGGCCAGCAGCAUCGUGGCGGCCGCCGAGCAGGGCGGCUCUUCCGGGAGCGCCUGCACGGCUCGAGCGCUGGUGGCCGGAGGGCGCGGCGGCCCAGAGGCAGAGGGCCUGCGCCGGGAGCUGGACGGGGUCCGCCGGGAGCUGUGCCAGGUGCGGUGCAGGGCCCAGGCUGCCAAGGCCGAGCUGGGGCUCCUGAGCGCCGCCGCUGGCGCUCCAGCGGCGCCGGGGGCGCUCGGGCUGCACCCAGCAGCCAGCGAGGUGGCGAAGGGGUUCCAGGAGGCGCUGGCGGCGCUGGACCACGCGCGUGACCUGGUGAGAGGCGUGAGAGAAGAUGGCGAGGCCAUCGGGCAGCGCGGGCUGUGGCGAGGCCACAGACGGCGGACCCUCGAGGCCCUCUGGAACGGAUAGCAGCGGGAUUUUCCCACCGCGGACGCAAGUCGCGCCUUCUGUGAUCGCCGUUCUGUGCUCCUCUGCCCUUGGCGCUUCCGUGCGCCUCGUUGCGAUCUGCACGUCGUUCGAUGA